GCUCCUCUCUCGCACCCCCGCCUCGUAAGCCACCAGCGGCUCCAUUCGCCCAGUCCGGCCGCUCCAGUCCGGAUCUCGCUGCCACCCGACCCGGGUGCGAGUUUCAGCAGCUGGGAAGGAGGCGGCAGCGGCUGGCCCCGGCUCCCCUCGGCCGCCUCGUCAGCCCGAGGUUGGCGGGGGAGAGAGCGGCCCAGCAGCCCCGGGAGCCCCUCCGAGGACAAUGCACCCGGCGCUGGGCCACCCUCGCGCGCUCUCGUCCGCGCCCGCCUCCUUCCCGCUGCCGCCCGCCGCCGCCCGGCUGCAGCCCCUCUUCCUCCGGGGGGGCUCCUCCCGCGGCCGGAGAGGCUCGGGAGACAGCAGCACCAGCACCAGCACCAGCCGCGGUGGGGGCGGCGGCAGACGCGGCGGGGGCGGCGGCUCCCCAAGCAGCAGCACAGGCGCGGAGCGAGAGGACGACGACGAGAGCAUUAGCAUCAGCAAGCCACUGGUGCCUGCCGCCGCCGCCGCGCUCCCGGGGCCCCCGGCUCAGGGGGGCGCCCCGGUCUCCGCCACCGCGCCCGCCACCGCCUCCUCCACUUCCACGCCCACCUCUUCCUGCAGCAUGACCGCCGUGGACUUUGGCGCGGGCCCCGCAACCGGGGCCGUCGGGGGCCCCGGGAGCCGCUCAGCGGCGGGCGCAGGCGGCACCGGGACGGGCGGCGGCGCCUCCUGCUGCUCCUGCUGCUGUUGCUGCUGCGGCCGCCCCUCCCGGCCCGGCCGCAGGGGUCGGCGCCACGGCUGCUCGCCGAGCCCGGGAUGCCGCUGGGGCUACCAGGCGCUGUCUGUGGUGCUGCUACUGGCUCAGGGUGGUCUGCUGGACCUGUACCUCAUCGCCGUCACCGACCUGUACUGGUGCUCUUGGAUCGCCACUGACCUGGUGGUGGUGGUGGGCUGGGCCAUCUUUUUCGCCAAGAACAGCCGGGGCCGUCGGGGCGGUCCAGCAAGCAGCGCGCACAACCACCAUCAGCUCCACCACCACUCGGCGCCGCCUCUGCACCUACCGACUGCGGGGUCCGCGGGGGCCGGGGCUAAGGCUCGCGGGGGCCGAGGAGGCUCGGGGGCCGGGCCAGGGCCGGCCGGGGCGGUGGGCGAGUUCGCCUUUGCUUACCUGGCCUGGCUCAUCUACUCCAUCGCCUUCACUCCUAAGGUUGUGCUCAUCCUGGGAACGUCUAUCCUGGACCUCAUUGAGCUGCGAGCGCCCUUUGGCACCACGGGCUUCCGCCUCACCAUGGCUCUGUCCGUGCCGCUGCUCUACAGCCUGGUGCGUGCCAUCAGCGAGGCGGGCGCGCCCCCGGGCUCGGCGGGUCCCUUGCUCCUGCAGCCACAGCAGCAUCGCGCUGCGGGCUGCUUCCUGGGCACGUGUCUGGACCUGCUGGACAGCUUCACGCUGGUGGAGCUGAUGCUGGACGGCCGUGUGCCGCUUCCCGCGCACCUGCGCUACCUGCUCAUCGCCGUCUACUUCCUCACGCUUGCCUCCCCAGUGCUCUGGCUGUAUGAGCUGAACACCACCGCAGGAGCUCCGUCCUGGGGCCAGGCCUCCGGGCCUGGAAGCUGCAGCCGCCUUUUGCGCUUGCUGGGCGGCUGCCUGGUGGACGUGCCCUUGCUGGCGCUGCGCAGCCUCUUGGUCGUGAGCUACCAACAGCCGCUGUCCAUCUUCAUGCUCAAAAACCUCUUUUUCCUUGGCUGCCGUGGCCUGGAGGCCUUGGAGGGCUGCUGGGACCGAGGGAGUUGGGUUUCCCCAAGUCGGGCCAGAAGCAGCUAUGGUGCUCCUCCUUCUGCCCCCCCACCACCUCCACCACCGCCACCUCAGGGAGGGUCCCAGCGGGGCCACUUGGAAAAUGAAGGGGGUCCUCAUGGCUAUGUCAACACUCUAGCUGUGGCCUCUCAGAACUGAAAAAGGUGAAGGGCAGGGGCUCUAUUCUUGGCUUGAGAGUUUCCGGCCUCCUUGGCUCUGUUUAGAAAAGGUCACUGUUGAUAAGGCUGAUGGCCAGCGAAUUCUUCUGCACCCUAUGGGUGGAGACUACUUGGAGGGAGACCAGCAAUAUAUUGUGAGGGAGGAGGGUCCAUGUUCACCAUGGUUCUUCUCCAAAGUCUUGCCUGUUCUGACAUACAAGGGACUGGAUGAAUGUGCCACCUGCUCUUCUUGCCUUCGUUCUGUGGGGGAGAGAGAAGGAAGGGAGUGUUCAGGCAGGGAUGGUAGGCUUCGGUAGAUGAAGUGUGUUCGUGCGUGCGUGCAUGCGUGUGUGUGUGUGUGUCCGUGUGUGUGCAUCUGUGUGUAUG